UAAACUCUACUGUUUAACUCGCCACCGUGUUUAUUUUUUCAGCUUGCUACAUUUUGUUUACAUUACGUGGUUUAUAUAAAAAUGUAUUUUAAUUCCUCUUUUUCUUAGUCUUGUUAUUGAUUAAAUCAUUCCCAGUGUAAAAAUGUCUGUCAUAAAUCUGUUUUUGAAACACUAAGUUUAAGAAGAAUUCUCUUAUGGGAGAGCUACAGUCAUUUUCUUCAUCGAAUAAUCCUGUAUUUAUUGUGAUAAUGAGAAAUUCAAGAGGAAAAUUGUUUGUCUAUGUAGCAGUUCUUUGUGUGCUAUGCUUUAUAGUAUUUUUGUUGAGUAAUACGCAUACCAGUUUAAAGGAAUUGGAAGGUGUUAAUGAGAAAUGUCAACAGCAGCGGGACUCUUUGUCUGCCCAAUUGCAAGUUGUUUAUGAACAUAAAAACAGGUUAGAAAAGUCUUUGCAUCAAGAGAAGUCAGAUCAUAAGCAUACUAAAGAUGUUCAAGAAAAUGAAGCAUCUAAGCUGCAAUAUCAAAUAAAGGUAGAAAAGGAUGAAAAACAAAAGCUUGAAAACCAAAUAUCUCAAUUAAAAACUAGUUAUGCUGAAUUAGAAGAUGAAAAGUUGCAGGCUGAAAAUGCCCUGAAGCAGCAGUUAAAAACUGUUCAAACUCAAAAAGAUGCAGAAAUAGAAAAACUACAAAAUCACAUUAGUGAGCUUUUAUCAGAAAAAGACAAAUUAGAGGUAUCUAACAAUGCAUAUGUGUGGAAAAUUGAACAGCAUGAAAGUGAAAUAAACCUGUGUCACCUUCAACUUCAACAAGCCAAGACUGAAUUUAAUACAUGCCAGGAACAGUUGGCAAGACAUAAUCUUAAUACUGUAAACCUGAAAUUGAAUGAGAAAAUUACUCCUCCAGAAAAGAAAAUAACUGAAACUGCAGCCAAAAUUGAGAACGCAGUUGGUGCAACAUCACCUAAGCCUCAAAUUACUUCUCCAAAAAAUCAAGUGGCUGAAAACGAUCAAAAACCUGAAAAUAAAACAGUUGCGACCACUCCAGUUAAAGGCAAAACUGUUCAAAAACCACAUGUGAUGCCAGUAAACAAUUUAGGUGAUGGAGUACUACCAAAACCUUUAGAUUUGAAACCUGAAGACUUCAACAAAGAGGACAAAGAUAUAGAUGCUGCUCUUGAAAUCACAGAUGAUGAAAAGACUAAGAAAUUGGUAGAUGAUAAUUUGAUUGACAACAACAUUGAUAAGGGUGUCCCAAAACUUGAUUUACUUAAUCAAAAAGUGACAAAUAGUCCUAAAGAUGUGCACAAUUUAAAUAACAUACCUCAGAAUGGACUCUAUAAUGAACCUCAAGCAUUACCACCUAUUCAAUUUGACCGUGCUGAUGAAAAAGAUGAUCAUGCAGGAGAAAGAGGUGAUGAUGGACUGCAGUAUAAUAAUCCUCCUGAACUAAGGCAACAAGUUGAGCUUCCAGAUUUUAGAAGACAGAAUGAUCAACCAAAAGAUGUGUUGCCUAAUCCUCCAAUUGAAAACAAUGAUAUUGCGGCACAAAUGAAUGAUAUGAUGAACAAAUCUCCUGGCAAUGUUAUCAAUAAUGCAAUCGAUCAAAAUGUAUUAGGACUACCACCUAAUCAUAUUGGAGCUAUUGAUAACAAAAUUCAAGACCUCAAGAAUGGAAGACCAUUUAUGCACAGAGGGGCUGAUGCACAUCGUGUAAUGGAAGAUAAAAACUAUGAAGAAGAUGAUGAUGAUAGAGAAAAUGAUGAUGAACCCCCAAAUGGCCUUGCUCCCAUGAUGAAAGGCAAUGCUUUGCAAGAUAAUGAUUUUGAUGACCAAGAAAAUCCAGAUAACGGUGAUAAUGCUAAAGAAGAAGAAGGUGUUAUGGCUGCACCCAAAUAACUUAUACUUUUUGUUUGCUAAUUAUAUUGAACAUAAUGACUCACUUUUUACAAAUUUAAAGGUGACAAUUAUAAUUGUUGUCAUGGUUGAAUUUUAUGCACAUCUGAGUGCCUAUGAACUAAGUGUUUUCUGUUAUAAGAUGACUUAACACAGUGUAAAUGAGUAUUUAACAAGCAUAGGAUUAUAAAAGAUCUGUGUGUAGCUUUUUGAAAUUGCACACCAAUUCGCAUUUAUCUUCCUCCAUAGUAAAUCGUGGCUGGUUCCAUAAACAGAUUUGCUUUACUUCAAGAUAUUCAUAUCUAAUAUCCUUUGUAAAUAAUAAGUCCUUAUUUUGUAAAUCCUUUCAUUGAUGUCUUAUUCAGAAAUAUAUGAAAUCUGUUUGAAAAGGAUAAUUUGUUUUUGCUUAAAUUUAAAAAAAUACUAAAUGUGGAAUGAUAAUUUUUGUUGUUGUUUGUUUAGUGCUAGUGGUGUACAAUAUAUCACAUUUACCUAGUAGAUUCUUUUUUCUCUAACCUCUAAAAUUAUUUUUAUUUUUAAACUGUUCUAACUAUAAUUUCUAAACUAUAAUUUGGCAUUUUAACCUCUAAAUUUUAACAAUCAUCAGAUUAAGAAGUAUGUUGAAUUAAUAAGUUUAAGGAAAAUGUUACAGCAUCAGCAGUUUGUGGAUCAAAUUUGAAAACUGUGAUAACAUUAUAAUAAAAGGUUCAUCAACUUUUUAUUAAAUAAUUUUUUUUUCCUUCUCAAAAUGUUAUAAGUUUGUUGUAUUUCUGAAAACAUAUUUUAUAGUGAAAUAGUUUAGUCCUUGACCGUACACCUUCAAAUCUUUUGGAAAAAAAAUCUGCAUGACUUUUUUGAUUUAAUCAGAAUCUACAAUUUUAAUUUUUUCAUUGAACUUUGUUAACUUUAUUUUCCAGAACUACUAAAGUAAAUUAAGUUUAUUAAUAAAAUUACACCAAAUAAUCUGGUCAAAUUGACCAAAAACUCAACAUUGUUUAGCAUUUGAGUUACUUUUAAGGAGAAAAAAAAAACAAGUGAAAAAAAGUGUAAAGAGGAAGUAUAUUGGUUUAGGUUCAUUAAAGUACCCUUUAAAAAAUAUGCUUUUUAACGCAGUGGAUCUAAAGUAACUGAAACUUCUUAGGUCCAAGAUAAUAAAACAGCUUAAAAAAUAUGUCUCACAUAUAUGUGUGAAACCCCCACUUCUAACAACUAUUUUUUAAGAUUUACGUAAGUGACCCUUAAGCAAUUAAAAGUUAAGUUAAAAUAGUAUGUGAUAAAUACUUACUAUUAAAAAUACCUAUUUCAUACUUUAUACUAUAAAUUAUACUAUUAUUAAUACUACUAAUACUUAUUACAUCACAUUCAUUGAAUGGGCCAGAAAAUUGGUCCUAUAUCAUAGUGCUAUAAAGUCUGAUUAAACAGCAUACCGCAGUAUGCUCUACUCUGAUGGCCCUGGUCUGCUCUGGGUGCCAUGCUUGUGUCACUCCAAUCGGUAGCACUUUUUCUACAACUGACUGUUUUUGCUGAACCUGAUGUGUGCUUGAAAUUUAGUAUUAUUUAAAUUUAUUGUCAAUUAAAGGUUUUUAUUUUUAAGGAACAAAAUUAACAACAGAAAAUUGGUUAUAUAAUAUUUACACAGAUAACCACUAUCUAUAUAUGUAUAUGUCAGGGCUCGAAAAAACUCAGAAAUUUUGCCCCCGUCCCUGAGAACGGCUUGUCCAACAAUGUACCCGUCCUUCUUUAAAACUAACCCGUAGCUUCUAAAUAAAUAAAAAUAAAAUUUUCUCUUAUUUAUUACAAACAUUUAUAUAAAUUACACAAUGAAUUAGUAGUUACUAGGAUUACGUUAUACAGUAAUAAAAGAAUUAACGGGAUUUCUAGAUUUGAGGGUCAUUUUAGAAGUGAGCUGCUAGACUCUUGUAAGAUAACAAAAAUCGAAAAUGUAUCACGAACAUUAACAGGAAAAUGGCCGUCCUUGCGGACUUUGAAUUCGAGAAAUUCUUUGUCCGCGGGGAAUUUUUGACCGCCGAGGACGGACUGUUUUUUGAGCUCUGGUAUAUAUAUAUAUGUAUAAAUAACUAUAUGACUGUACCAUGAUGUAGUUUUAUUCUUCCUAAAAACUUUUUUUUUUACUUCGACUUACGAGUUUUCAUUAAUAAAUUUGAAAUAAAAGCGCAGUGAUUUUCAAAUGCAUUUUUCUACGGAAAUAAUGUUUUACAAAUUGUUAAAACAGGAGCUGUUUCUACAAAGAUUAUAGUAAUAAUAAAUUUUAUUACGAAUCAUUAUCCAAUUAGUAUUCAAUACUAUUUGUAGAAAACAAAGAACAAAAAUUGUUUCAAUUAAAAAUUAAUUAAUUAAAAGAAUAUGGUUAUUUGUAAGAUUUACAAAUUUUUAAAUUUGCUCUGAUAUUUUAUAUUUAUAUACUACUUUCUUGCAGGAUUGGAAUUAUUUUUUGUACUAAAAUAUCUUUCACAUUAAAAAAAGAUUGUUCAUUUUUAUUUUGCAAUUUAAAUUUUUUAAUUAAAAUUCAAUUCUCUUUAUAAAAAAAGGUAAAUAAAAGUAAUAACUUUUGUGAAGCUAUGUUUCUCUUAUCAAUAACCAUACAUCUUUGAUGCAACUGUUUUCAUUGUAAGACCUCAUAAUAAAAUAAUCAAUUAUCAUUGGAUGAAACAUAAUUUACUUUUUUUGACAGCGCAAUAUAUGUGUUAAGCGCAAUUUGAGCCGUUGUAAGGAUUAAAUGUGAAUUACUAUUUGUGAAUUUUGAAAUAUGAGAGAAAUUGAGAGUAUUAUGUAGAUUAUUUAUAAACAAGUGUGCAAUUUAUUAUUUAUUAAUGCCUUACUUUAUCAGAUUUACUGUAUUUUUUUGUGUGAAGAAAUGCAAAUAAUACAGUUAUUUAUUUUGUUCUAUAUUACCUGAAAAUAAUAGACCAGCUUAUAAUAACUAAAAUUAAUGUUUAUUGCUUCAUACAAUUUACUUUGUGUUAAUUGGUGUUCUUCUGCUAUAAUUCUUGAUUGUCAUAAGUAUUAGGCUUGUUAAAAUUAUUUAUUAUUGAUUUUUUUUUAAUACUACUUAAUGAUCCUAAUAAUAUUACUUAUUUAAAUAGCCUUAAUUUCAACUUUACUGAUACAUAUACUAGUUGCUAAAAAGUGCACAUUUAUAGUUUUGAACAUAGCAAUAAUGUGGUGUUAGAUACUAACCCCUUUCACAGAUUAUUGUUAAAUAAAAUCACAUAAAUUAUUGAUAAAGUUUUAUCUGUGAACUUCAACAAUAAAGGUUUAUUUUAUAUUACAUGAAAGGUUAGAAUUUCCAUGGGUCUUGGAAAUAUCAAAAAAUAUAUUUAAAAAAAAUUUAUUUUAAAACAAAAAAUUUUAUUUUUUUUAAUUAAAUUUUUUUUGUUAUAAUCUGAAAAAUCACCAACCUUAGAAUUAGUUAGUACUAAGUAGUUAAUAAAAUUAACAAAGUUAGUCUAAUAUUGGUUAAAAUUAUUUAUUGUCAAUUAAAAUCCAUUAAUCGAACAUAAGGCUUGUAUGAAAUGUUGCAACUUUAGCUUCAUAUUGUUUUUUAUACUUGCAUAUUGAAUUAAAAAAAGAGAGUUUUAUGAUAAAAAAAUAUUAUACAAAACUGCAGUGUCUUACAAAAGAAUGUUGAAAACUUUUUGGAUAGCUCUUGAAAACUAUGAUUAUUUUCUGAAAUUGUAUGUGAACCCUAUAAUGUAAAGGGCUUAUUUCCCCCCGUUUUUUCAAACAUUGUAUUUUACACACAACUAAAAACAAAUUAGUAUUCUAUGUGGAUAAGACAGGUUUAUGUGACUUUUACUCGCAGAACGCAAACGAUAAGAAAGAGGCAUACAGGUGGUGAAUACUUAUAGUUUUUCAUUUGGGUGCAAAGAGGUGGUGUGUGCAUGCUAAUACAAAAGUAUGGAAAUUUUCCUCUCCUGUGUCUCUUAAUUACCGUUUGCCUCCUCAGUAUGUGGCCUGCCUAAAUUCAAUCUGUGAAAGAGGUACGAGUAGUCACAUUAUUGCUAUAAUUGUGGCUAUUUACAACUCUACAAGAAUUUUUCAUUCAUUGAUUUGAAAUGCAUAUAUAUAUAUGUAUUUAUUUUUUUGAAUUUAAUUAACCUAGAUACUAAGCAUUUGUGCUUUUCAGUUAUGCAGUACAACAUUUUUGCUAUUAUUUUUUGUUCCAAAGCAAUUUUGUUGCUUUUUGUUACAUUGUCAUGUAUGACAACUAGUCUUAUGUUACAACAAACAAGCACAUACAGAAGCACAAUAUUCUCUUUUUAUACUUUUGAAGUGUUUUAUUAUUAUUAUUAUUAAACCAUUGUUGCACUCUUUAUAGCAAGGCAUCAAAAUUUUGAUCUAUAUAUAAAAUAAUAUCUCAAAGCAAGAGUAGACACCUGUGAUAAAAUUUUUUGGGGAUCAGUGUUCAAUAGAUUUUAGCUGUGAUUUGCUUCCAUGUUAUUGUUGCUUCCAUAAUAUUCUAUCUUGUAGCUUCCAUUUUUUUUCCUUUUGGAGCAAAUUUUGUAUAAGUUCUGGCAAAUUAUUGUUUUUGCCAUUUUUUAAAAGUUUUCCAAAAUACCAGAUUAUUAUUUGUUGCUUAAAUACACAUUUCUGUUAUCCUUUAUCAAAAAUUAAAUUUAGUUUUCUAAUUAUACUUAUGCAUGUUAUAAAUUUUGAGCUAUUCUAAUUAACCGAGGUGAUAAAUAUCAAGUUAUACUAAGUUUACACCAGCAAAUUUCAAAUAAAAUAUGUCACAAAAAAUUUUCUGAACUCAAAAUUAAUAAAAAAUAAAUUUCUCUGUGGUCACAUAUUUACCUAAAAUAUUUUUGGCCAAAUUGAGAAAAGAAAAAAAAAAAUUGAGGUCUCCUAAAAUGGUUUGUAACAAAAAAUUUUUAGGUAUAGCUACAAAAAAAUUUUAAUUUCCGAAAUUUCUUUUUUUAAUGAUGCACCCUAAUGUUAAAAUUGAACAACUCACCAAGUAUUAAAACUAUUACAUUUAAAUGAAUAACAGUGUAAAUGAUAUGCAUAAAAAAGGUUUUCUAUAGAAUGUUUUUCUUGAAAAUGUUUCAUGACAAAACAUUUCAUUCAACAUCUCAUUUUCAUUUUUUAUGAAUGUGUCAAGAUUUAAUUUAUGCCUUCUCAAUUGCUUAGAGAUGAUUAAACUGUUCUUCAUUUGUGUGAAAGUAUAAUUUUUCUUACAAAUUUAUGUUCCUUCAACCAAUUUUACUUCAUAUUAAAAAAUCUAGAAGAUUUAGCUAUUAUGCAUCAUAAUUUAUUUCUUAUUACAGUAUACUUUCAAUUAUACAGUAUGCUCCAAUAUUACAGUAUACUUCUAAUUAUGUGAACAGAUAGUUUGAGUUUGACAUGGCUUGUAUAAAAAAUAUAUCUUGCUGGGAGGUGGAAAAAAAACUUAUCAGCAGAAAACAAGUUUAGGCAAAGCAUGAUGGCGUUUCACGUUAUACAAGGAAUACCUUCACCUUGAACUUGGAUGAUUUACGUUUUUGAUUAAGUAAAAACUAAAAAUAUUAAUUUGUUUUAAAUACUGAGAAUCCUGUAAUAAAUUAUUCAAAACGUUAUUACAGCCAAAAUCAAAAAGUGUUUGACUUGAAAACAAAUUUUUUAAUAAAAAUGUUUUUCUUCUUCUUUCAAGCUUUAUCAAUAAUGAUAUAUGUUUUAAAAUUUAUAAUCAAUUAAUAAUAAUUCAGAAAAAGCAAUAUUCUUUCUAGUGUAACUUUUUCUACUGCAAAAUUAAUGAUUUUGAAUAAUCCAUGUUUUAAGUGUCAUCCUUUCAAGCAAUUCCCUCAUUAUUCGACAGUAUACUGAACUUGAAAUGAAUUUUAUAACUCCCAUUUUUGAUCAAAUAUUAGCAUUUUC